UACAUUCUCUCUCUUUAUUGUUCACCCUUGGCUUGCUUCCGCCCUUUUGGUUAUCCCUGAAAAUGUGCCCUUUCAUGGAUUUGAAACCCUAGAUUUUUUCUGCAAUCUCUCAUUCAUGGUUUUCUCUCUUUUCCGAAGCUAUCUAGCCUUUUGCAAAUCGAUAUUUUUUAUGGUUUCCAUCUAUCCCCAAUUAUUAGAUAUUAUAUUUAGAGACCCCUAGAAUCGCGUCACAAAUCCACCAUUUCUAGGGUCUCUCUCUUCCCCUGUUUCGAGGUUUAUCCCAGAAACCCCCUCUCCGAAUCUGCUGUUUCUCUUUCUUACCGUUUCAAGGUUCUCUCUCCGUGAGCCUUGUAAGUUAUUUGACAUCCCUUCAAGGUUUCUCAGUCUUCUCAAUCCCUGAUCUUUUUGCCCAAUCUGCCAUGAAUUUCUUUAAAUCCGUAUUCGCAGAAGACCCCAAUGAUUAUUCAGCAGAGGACAGGGAAACCCACCAAGAUGAGGAAUUGAGCCCAGACCCUGAUCCACCCCAGAAGCCUAGACCCACUUCAAACCCUAAGUCUUCACCAUGGUCCUUUGGUGGCCUGAUCAAAACCCUAUCCGAAAAAUCAGAGGGAGUUUUAGAGACUUAUCGUCGAGAUCUUGAGGAAUUCAGCUCUGGUCUCAAGCAAGAGACUGCAGCUAUUCGUGAAGCUGCUACUCGUGCUGUAAAGGACUUGCCUGGUUCUCUUGAAGCUGGUGCAUCAGUGGCUCAAGAAUCCCUAGAAAGUGUUGGCCAAGCCCUUGAUGACCUAAUUGCACAAGGUAAGGAAGUCUUAAUUUCAUCUGAAUCGUCAAAUCAAGACUUCAGUUUCAGUCAUGGCCAUAGCUCUGGUUAUAGUAAUCCAGGGUUAGGGCAGACACCUGUGAGAUACAGUAGGCUUGAUGCCCAAAUUAGAAUUUUACAGGGGGAUCUGAACACUUAUUGUGAGGAGCCUGAGGAUUUAGUUGAUUUUGAUAAAUGGAGACUAGGGUUUGUUUUAGAGGAUAAAAAAAAUGAAAUUGAAGUGGUCUGUGGUGAGAGUAAUGGUGUUAUGGAGGGGAUUUUGGGUAAGCUCGUGCCUAGGGUUGUUGAUUACGAAACAUUUUGGACUAGGUAUUUUUACAGGGUUCAUAAGCUUAAACAGGCUGAGGGUGCAAGGGCUGAUCUUGUCAAGAGGGUUAUUUCUAGGGAGGAGGAGGAGGAAUUGAGUUGGGAGGUUGAUGAUGAUGAGUUCCCAGCCAUUGAUCCAAAGGAUGGGGUAUCGGGAUCCAUGGAACCUGCAACUAGAGCAACUGAUAAGGUUGCUGGGUAUUCAAAAUCUCAUCUCGAAGGUGAACUGAUUGAUGAAUCAGAAACCCAAAAUGUGGUUGCGAGUACUUUGGGAAAUCGUAAUAUGGGUGAUGCAGAUUACAGCAAAAAAUCAAAUUUUGAGGAAACUCUGAAAUUGAGUAUGAGUAAUUUGGGAAAUAAUGAGAUGGGUAGCGGAGAUUACAACAAAAAAAUGAAUGCUGAUUCUUCAGUUUCUAGGGAAUUUGAGAAAAAAUCAGACACUAAUGAAGCAAGCAAGGAAGUUGAAAAGGAAGCAAUGGUUGAAGAAUCAGGUGUGAAACCAUCUAGUGAUAAAGGGACUGUGGAAGAUAAGAUGAUAGUGGAUGGGAAGGCUGACACUGGGGAAUCAAGCAAGGAUAGUGAUUUUUCGGCUGUGUCGAGCCAGCCUUCGAUUCAAGAAGAAGAUGACCUUGGAUGGGACGAAAUUGAAGACCUUGGAGAACACGAUGACAAGAAAGAAAGCAGGAGUGGCAGCCCGAUCAGGAUCGAUAUAAGGAAGCGGCUAAGUGCUGCUGAUGAAGAUGAUGAUCUUUCGUGGGAUGUUGAAGAUGAUGAUUCAGUCAAGUCCUGACCAGACAGACAUUAUUGAAGCAAAUUGGUCCUCCAUUAUGCACAAUGCACUUAGUUUUAUCACUUUAUGUUAUCUUGUUUCUUGGUUUUUCUGAUCAUGGAUUCCAAUAAUUCUUUCAACGCAUUUGUUCUUUUAUUAUGUUCUGUAAAUAAAUAUGACUGGUGUACAUUUUAGUGUUUUCAAUGAUGAAAUGGCCAUGCUCCUGUAACUUUGGUCUCUGUCAA